AUGUCUGCUGAAUAUUAUUCAAAAAGUAAUAAUACCACUCCACAAAAUAAUAGAGAGCCACCUCAUUUACUUUCUUCGAGCUUUAUACAGCAAGAGUUGAACUCUCCAGCGCAAAAGUUUUCAAAUAUGUCUGAAAAUGGAUACCAUACAGUAACAGAUCAAUUCGGAAUGCAUACGCAAACUUCUGUUCAAAUAUCCGAACCUCCACCUUAUGAUGAAUUUGUUGAAUAUAAUUGGCCAACCGAAAUCCCACCAUUUUUAGCACAGACACCUGAUGAUUUCAAUAAUCAACAACUAUUUAAUCCGGAAGAUACACACUUUUUGCUUCACGACUUCCUUGGUAAUCUCGAUGAGAAUGAUAAUUUUAUAUUUGAUCCUUCUUUGCCAGGAGAUAUGCCAAUUUAUCCAAAUUCAUCAGAUAAUCAUGAUUCAUCAUCAUCACAUAAUAAUGUUUAUAUUUUACCGCAAGGUCAAGUAUCAUCAUCAUCAUCUCCCACAGGAGAUUUAUUAAAUCGUCAACAAUUUUCUUCUUCAAAUUCAACUAGUUUAUCACCACGUACAUCAAGUAUUACACUUUCUUCUUCCCCUCCUCUUCCUUCGCGCAACAAUUCUCAUAAUCAUAAUAACAUUAGUAAUGGUGAUGGUGGUGAUGAUAUAUCCUCUGAAGGAGGAAAUGCUGAUGGAUCAUCAACGCCGACCGUCCCGUCUAAACGUAAACAAGAAAAUGAUGAUGAACGAAUUAGACGUAGAACUUCAAAUCCGAGGUUGAAUCCAAUUAAUACUAAACUUCCAAUGACUCAAUCAAAUAAUAACUCUUCAAGACCAAUUAGUAAUAAUAAUUCUCCAUCACCGAGUACUCCAAGGGAACUCAUUAAAACAAAGGAUGAAGAUGAUGACGAUUUAUUGAAUGCUACUUCCGCAAAUACAUCAAAUAUUGACAAUUUGAAUGAUGAAUAUUCCUCAGAUAUUAAAACGGAAUCUUCAACAAAACCAACGCCACAAAAGUCGAGCAGAAAACCAUAUAAAGAACUUCUUACUGAAGAAGAAAAAAGAGCAAAUCAUAUUGCUUCGGAACAAAAACGUAGAAAUACAAUUAGAGCAGGUUUUAAAGAAUUAACAGACAUUAUACCCACCCUUAAAAAUGUUAAUAAUUCAAAAAGUACUAUUUUAUUUAAGGCUGUAGAUUAUAUUAAAUAUUUGGAAAGAAGGAAUCGUAAUUUAAAAGAACGAGCCGGUUUAUUAGAAAUGAGACGAGUUGCCCCUAUGCCAAUUAAUUACGGAGUUAUACCUAAUGGUGGUUUGACCGCUAUUCCCAUUGGACACCAUCCCCAACCAUCACAGCAACAACACGUUAUGGCCCCACAUCAUCAAAUAUAUUUUGUUCCAUCUACUCCAUCUUCUGAAAAUCCCCCUUCAAUGAUUCCUGCUGGCAGUGUUGUUUCACCUGGUGUAAAUUCAACGAACAAUAUAUUUAGUAGAGGUGCCGCAAUGGGUAUGCAAAUAUCCAAUAUGCCUUUAUCAUCACAACAAAAUCAUCAUCAUCCACAACAAGAUAAUGUUCCUGGUAUGAACAUUCCUACAAUGGGAAGUGAUGAUGGUAAUAGUGGUGGUGUUGAUAUUGACGGUGAUUCUUCUAUGCUUGGAAUGAAUGGAAAUGCUACUCGUGUUGGAGUAAAAUGUUAA